AUGCACUUCUCCAAGUACCUCUCUGUCGUACCGGUCCUCAUGGGCCUUGCUGCCCCCGCCCUUUCCAGCGCUGUCAACCCCGAGAUCGAGCACGCAGAGGGUGUUAACGUGACCGAGGCCGCUCUCGACAAGCGUAGCUCCGUCCUCAUUUCCAACAGCAAGGACGGUGUCGACCAGGCUGGUUUCUACUACUCCGUCUACAACGACAACAAGGCCCCCAUCGGCUACACUGAGUACUCGGACAGUGGCCGUUUCGAGCUUGGCUGGAACACUCCCAACAAGGAAUUCCUUGGUGGAAAGGGUUUCCGUGGCGGUUCCCCUCGCACUAUCUCCUGGGACGGUUACUUCCAGGGUAGCGGUGACUACACCCUGGCCAUCUACGGCUGGACUACUGACCCCGUCACCGAGUGGUACAUUGUCGACUCCCACGGCACUGGUACCCCUGGCAACGGACAUAUCCUCGGUCAGGUCUACAGCGACGGCGGUGUCUAUGAUGUCUACAGCUUGGACUACAACAAUGUCCCUAUUAUCUACGGCGUCACCAGCUUCAAGCAGUACUGGUCUGUCCGUCGCGAGCACCGCACCACUGGUACUGUCAAUGUUGCCAACCACUUCAACGCCUGGAAGAACAUGGGUCUCCGUCCCGGUAACCCCGUUUUCCAGAUGGUCACUCUCGAGGGCUUCAACGGUGAGGGUUACCUCGACUUCACCGUCCGCGCUUAG